CGACUUUUUGUGUCUGAGCCACAUCGGCUCACCGCGAUCGAUUGGUGAUGUCUGACUCGGCAGACAUGGCGGCGCCCGCUGAUUCGCGUGCGCUUUUCGCCGAGGCGGUGAGAGCGACUCUGCGCGCGUGGCCCGCCCUGCAGAUUGCGGUGGAGAACGGCUUUGGAGGCGCCUACGGCCAAGAGAAAGCCCAUUGGCUGGCCGAUGUUGUCCAGCAGUACUUCCAUGACAACCCCGAUCUGGCGCAAGAUGAAGUGGAAGAUUUCAUCGGCACCCUCAUGGAUCAAGAGUUUCACACCCUAGUGGAUGAUGGCAGUCUACCUCAGAUGUGCGUCCAACUCAUGCGGAUGUUCAGUCAGUGGCAGCAGGGGGCGCUGCAGCAACUGUCGGAUUCCAUCCACUUGCUGACGCAGAAGCAGGCGCCCGGGACAAAGGUCGCGGCCCCGCCCGGGCAGUCGGACUCGGACAGCGACGGCCCAACUCAGGAGAUGGAGAUGGAGAUGGAGUGUGCGUCAGCCAAUACAGCACAUCCUCCUCCUCCUCCUCCUCCUCAUGAUGACGAAGAUGGAUGGACUCUGGUUGGAAAGAGGAAGUAACAGAGGAGAUGAACUUUGACCUGUGCUUUUCUGAACUUUGAGGACUUGGCAGCGCACGUUGAGGUGUGACGUCAUCAUGAGCGGUCACUUGACUCUCACUUUAUAGGCUACCUUCACGCUGCAGCGACCCAAUUCAAGUGUUUUCGUCCAAUCCAAUGUUUUGCUAUACUUGUCAACACGGCCUAAGCGUCUCGACGUGAGAACGGCACGGCUCGGCCAAGUGAGCCGCCUCCGCGCGGAUGCGGCGUGGGAUGACGCGACAUCACGUCAGCGCAAGCGCGGGGGGAUAAGGUCGUGCUUGUUGGGGCUCACCUCAUGCUGACAGGGGAGCCAGGCGGGAGGAGGUGGAAAUAUUUUGCUGACGUGAGAUGAAGCGUCGCGAUGUCACUUUGCUCCAAAUGACUUUGCGGCAUUGCCGGGAAGGAAGGAAGGAAGGAAGCGUGUUUGUGGCUAAAUGAUUGCCAUCGCCAGAAAUGUCCACUUUAUGCGUCGUGUUUCCAAGCGGCGAGUCAAAUAUCAAGAGAGCGCGGUGACACGCUUGACCUCUUUGCAAUGCGCGGACAAUUGUGAGUCAUCUCCCAAGGACCGGAGCGCGCAUCUGGCCAUCGAUGAUGUAUUUUGCGGAUGAGCGCACCCUAAGCUUCGUGGCCGCAAGGGUUGGAUUCGAGAGGAUUGGACUUCUACUGUUCACGUUGCAGGGAAAAGGAAAAAAUAUAAAUACAUGUGACAUACGGGCAAGUUAAAAAAAUAGAACAAAAUCUGACCACCUUCAAUGAGUAUUGAAUUUUUUUUUGUAGGUGCGGCUUUUAAUA